UCGGUGUCAAUUUUGUGUGUGUGUGUGUGUGUGUGUGUGUGUGUGUGUGUUGUGUGUGUGCGCGCGCGUGUGUGUGGCCGCGGCCGGAGCCUGUGGCGGGCGGGCGGCGAGCGGGGAGACCCCGGCGCGGGCAGAGCCAUGGAUGGCCCGGCGCGGGGCCAUGGACUCCGCAGAAAGCGGCGGUCGCGGUCGCAGCGAGACCGGGAGAGGCGCUCCCGGGGCGGGCUGGGGGCCGGCGCGGCGGGCGGCGGCGGGGCCGGCCGGACCCGGGCGCCCUCGCUCGCCUCGUCGUCGGGCUCCGACAAGGAAGACAAUGGGAAGCCCCCGUCCUCCGCCCCGUCCCGGCCCAGACCCCCGCGGAGGAAGCGGAGAGAGUCCACCUCGGCCGAAGAGGACAUCAUUGAUGGAUUUGCCAUGACCAGCUUUGUCACUUUUGAAGCGCUGGAGAAAGAUGUAGCACUUAAGCCUCAGGAACGCGUGGAGAAACGCCAGACUCCCCUGACCAAGAAGAAACGAGAAGCACUUACCAAUGGCUUGUCCUUUCAUUCCAAGAAGAGCAGACUGAGCCACCCUCACCACUACAGCUCGGAUCGGGAGAACGACGGCAACCUCUGCCAGCACCUCGGGAAGAGAAAGAGAACGCCCAAGGGACUCAGGCAGCUCAAACCAGGGCAGAACAGCUGCAGGGACAGUGACAGCGAAAGCGCCAGCGGAGAAUCCAAGGGCUUCCACCGAAGCAGCUCCCGAGAAAGGCUCAGUGAGAGUUCAGCUCCUUCCAGCUUGGGAACAGGCUACUUCGUAAGUCUAUCUCAACUUCCACAUAUGUGCCUUGCAUUGGCAUUGAUUUGCUUCAACAAUGAAUGCUUGUUAGGUUGUGGAGGAAAAAAAAAAAUCUAAGCAAUUCCCUCUCAGUUCUAAUGCACAGUCUGAUUUCUGUCCUUUUACUAGCAAUUGUUUCAUGUUUAAAAGACAACGUGCUGGGCCCAUAGGUGUCUCAGCCAGUCUGCGGUGU